GUCACCUGAUUUUUCAUAAACUUUCGGAGAAACUGAAAGUGAUCCAGUCUAAUAUACAGCUUAUUCCAUCACAAGGUCCAGUUGCAGACAGCCACCACAAUGGAGAAGACCUACCAGAUCUAUGUGAUUGGGGUAGAAGGAAAAAAAAUGACAGUUGAUGUAGGGAAGUCGGAACAGGCGCUCAAUGAUAUGACUGUACCGAUGUUUAAAAAGCUACUUCUACAAAACCUUCCAGGAGAUUCACAACGUGCCGAGGACUUAAGGCUAUUAUUUGGCAGCAAGCAGCUAGAAGAUUCUGACAAGUUUUCUACUCACGAGAUCAAGGACAAAUCUACCCUUCUAUUGGUCCUGCGUUUGCCAGGUGGAUUGGUGAAGUGAACAGUGGGAAGAAUAUUGAAGAUGAAGGUCCAGUGAAGAGUUCCGGCUUCUUUUGUACAGAUUGGACAUUUAUCACUUGUUUUAAUCAUUGAAACAGCGAGUUUAAUAUGUAAAAUGCACCGAGAAACGCACCGCUGUGAGAAAAACCAAACACUUUCAAUUAUUUUAUUUGCUAUUGUACAACUCAUUGAUAGAAUACAAUAAAGUUAGUGCUCAUCCUUAAA